GUUACCUGUCAAAAUAAAUUAAAUGUCCCCCAUAAUAAAAUAAUGCAGAGUAAGAGAAAUCGAUUUUCCACCUGAUUUCCGCUCGAUUUUUCCCCAUUUUCACGCUCAAUUCGCCCCCAUAAAAUUAACCGUUAAUAGAAGGAACAUCGUGAAGGGGCCCUGCAUCGUUUCAUGGAACACAAACCGACAUGGACAGUAACAAGGACGAAGCCCUAAAGUGUAUUGAGGUGGCCCAGAAGUAUAUUGGGGAAAAAAACAAGGAAAAAGCCAAGAAAUUCUUGUACAAAGCGGAAAAACUUUAUCCCACACAACUAGCUAAAGAUCUCUUACUGCAAGUCUCGAUAAUGCCUGACUCAGUAGAAACUGAACAGCCCAGGAGGCGUAAGGCUUCCCUUCCCAGAGAUCCUUCACCCAAGCAACUGGAAUAUACCCACGAACAGUUGGCCUUAGUAAAAAGAAUUAGGUCUUGCAAAGAUUAUUACGAAAUCUUGUGCAUCAGCAAGGACGCGACCGAUGGGGAAAUUAAAAAAUCUUAUAAAAAAUUGGCAUUGCAACUGCACCCCGAUAAGAACAAGGCCCCGGGGGCGGACGAGGCCUUCAAGGCUGUCGGCAACGCUGUGGCAGUGCUAACAGACAUAGAAAAACGUAAACAAUAUGAUUUAUAUGGUAAUGAUGACGACAGGGUGUCGAGGAGCCGGUCUUCAGGGCACUACAGCCGAGGUUUCGAGGCCGAAGUGAACCCUGAGGAGCUGUUCAACAUGUUCUUUGGCACCGGUUUCGGUUCCAACGUCUAUGUGAGGAGGGGGGGCAGGUGGCAGAGGCAAACCCAAAGCCACCAGCACGACGAGCGUAGGAACCGGGAGAACCCCAACAAUGGAAUGUCUGCUUUUGUCCAGCUAUUGCCGAUCCUGAUUGCAGUAUUACUCUCGAUGGCCUCCAGUUUGUUCAUAUCUGAUCCUGCUUACAGUCUUUCAGUUAACACAAAGUACCCGGUGCUACGUCGCACCUUUCACCUGCAGGUGCCCUACUACGUGAAGGAGAACUUCCACUCGGAGUACCAGGGCUCCGUUCGUAGACUGGAGCAAACUAUAGAGGACGAAUACGUCACGAACCUGAGACACCAGUGCUAUCGGGAACGCAGCUACCGUGAGGCGUCGAUAUGGAAGGCGCGGAACUUCGGCAACGACGACCUCUACCACAAGGCGCAGAAAAUCAAGACGCCCUCGUGCGAGACCCUGGAAAAAAUACAAAAUUACGGCACCUUAUAAAUUAAUUAAUUAUUUCUUUCGUCUUUAUUUAUAAUUAAUUAGUUGAUUAUUAUUGUCACAAAAAUUGUUCCCAUAUAUUGUUGCCUUACAUAUUAUAUAUAAAACAAAAAAGUCUUAUGGGUUUGUUUCUGCUCUAGUCAUCAGUAAGUUUCGACAAUUUAUUCGGUCCUCAUCAGGAAGGGGAUCCAAUAAAAUGCCCGAAACUUUUCGGUUUUGGAUAUUUAGGGACGUGUUCAAGUGAUUGUUUUAUUAUGUAUUUGAAGUUAAUAAAGAAUUAUUCAGUU